CUCGGCUUUCGCCGCCGCUUUCUCAGCUGGGCGUUAUGCAACGGCCGUCCUGGGGGCUUCUGCUGACCCGCCGGCUCUUGGGGAUGUCGAUGCUGUUGCUGCUGCCUCAGGGACUGGUGGGUGAGUACGAGGAAGGCAGGCGAGUGACGACGGAGCCUCUAGCGACCGCUGAGCCUCCCUUUCUCGCCGCCACCUGCCCCUUCCCCUCCCGCCCGCUCACCUUCCCGCCCUCUCUCCUCGAGCUUGGAGAGGCUUCGCAAAACGCGGCGCGCGAGUGGGCGGGUCUUUCCAGGCGCCUGAGGUAAACGCGGAUGUCCCCCCGCAGCCCGCCAGGUGGCGCCGAGGUGUCCGUCCUCCUCAGCCGCGAGGCGGUUGCGCGCCGCCCGCCGCGUCCCAGGCUGCGGCCUCCGUCGGCAGGGGCCUUUCUCUGCCAGGCGGCCUUUCUUACUCCCGAGGAAGCACGCAUGGGGAAGACCUUGGUGCCUCCCAGAAGGGUCUUUUAGGGCGAUUGACACAAUAAUAGUGCAUUAGCGUGUGUGGAGAGGCCUGCAACAUGGAUGACUUACCAAAGUUUACAUUUUCUGAGGUGUAUGAAGAAUUUGUUGGCUUUGCUGUAAUAUACCAAUGCAAAGAUGGUGCUGUAAGAUUGCCUGGUAAAAGCACCGUCACUUACUGUCGUGAUGGUUCCUGGACAGAGUUGGAAGAGCCAUGUAAACUGGUUAUAUGUGAAAAUCCACGAGUUCAAAAUGGAAUAGAAUUAAGUGGAUUAAGAGAUUCCUAUACUUAUGGCAACAGUGUUACACUUGAAUGUAAAACUGGAUACUUCAUGAUUGGAAAUCAUUACAUUCUCUGUGAGAAGAACGGUACUUGGGUCCCUAAAGUGCCAUCCUGCAAAAAAAUUACUCCACAUAUUUGUGGUGCCCCAGUAGUGUCCAAAGGACAUGUAUAUCCAUUGCUAUCUGAAUACAAUGUUGGAGAUGUCAUUGAUGUGUACUGCAAUAAAAACUACUCUUUCAUUGAUGAAACCACAAAGAUGAGUGUGCGAUGCCAAGGCUACAAUCAGUGGGAUCCUUUUAUACCACUAUGUUUGGCAAAAACAUCACCAGACACUUCUAAAUUCUAUAUCCAUAAUGGAAGAAUAACCCAAGGGGUGAAACAAUACUAUACCCCUGGAGAUGAAAUUUCUAUUCAAUGUAAUGCUGGGUAUACUUUGCUCGGGCCAUCUACAAUUACUUACAUUGGUGGGAGUAAAUGGUCACCUAAUAUUCCAGUUUGUGAACUGAGUAUUUUCCUCAGAUUGCUUAUAGCUGCAUGCAUAAUGCCUGUAGUACUCGUGGCAAGUAAAAUGGUUCAUAGGAAAUGUUGUUCACAAGAAAGCAGCCUAAUGGUAAAGAGAGAGCAAGAGAGAGGGCAAAAGAGAGCAGCAACCAAAGAAGGUAUUUUGUUGCCCGAGACCUUGGAAGAGUCAGUGGCAAACUUUGAGCUAGAACACCAGAAAGAAAAUGGAAGGCAGCAGGAGAAGCUAGUAAGUUUUAGUAAGCUUCCCAUUAAUACAGCCAAGGAAACAACAGAUGAAGCAAACCCAACAUCAUCUCUGCAUGAGGAGGGACCAAUCAGUGAAGGCAACUGGGUAGAUUCUGCUUAUUUUCUCUUUCUUUUUCUUCUUGUUCUUUUGACCCUGUAUACCCCUAUACAUGUUAAAAGACAGAGGCAGUCCUCUGCUGAGAUGCUCAGCAAAGGCCACUGCACCAAAUGUACAAGUAGAAUUUCAUAGUGUUGUAUCCCACAGGAACCCUCUGUGUGAGUCUCCUUUUUCUCUUGUGGACUGAGCGUAAGACCCUUGACACUACAGGUAAGUGUUACUAUGUGUAUUUUUAUGGCGCAUAUCAUGCAGUAGCCCAUUUUGAAAUGGCAAGAUUUUGACUCUAUAGCCAUAAUCAUUCUAAAAAAUAAAACUAUAAUUGUAUCAGUGAAAUGUCUGACUUGGUUUCUUUAACACCAGAAUCGUUUUUUGUUCAUUUUUUCCCAGUGUUAUAUCUUUUUAUUGUCAUUCAGUAAAUAAGCACAUAUGGAAGUAUGACAAUUCACUAAUUACAAUGUUCCUCAAACCUACACCUGUAAUUUACACAGUUACAGUUAAGUAUCUCUUUCAGAUUCCACUUUUCAAUGUUUAAGUAAUGAAUAUGGAAAUUCUGUAAGUGUAGUAAUAUAUAAAUUAAAGAGUAGGCAUCAGCUUGAGUAGAGGUCUGUGGGCCAAUUUAAACUUAGAUGCAGAUGCACAUACUGCAAUCCCAACAGUUACUUUUUGGAAGAAAAAAGCCACCUCAGAAGGGGGAAAUUUAGAACAAAGAUGGUUUCUUUGCCCACCACUGUUCUGCUCUAAAUCAGUCUUCAGAGUUGAACACAUGUGGGAUGGGAGCAGAAAUAUGAAGCAGAGAAGCAGCAGGCUUUGGAAGAGUUAAGCUCUUCUCUGCUCUAGAUCCCUCACUCUGCAAGCUGCUUUUGCUUUAAAAACAAUUGCAAAACUGGAAUUACCACUGAAAUUUAAUGACACACAGCUGUAUGUGGACACCGUCCCUCUCCCUUUUGUUUUCUCACAAGGUUAUAAAUAUUGUAUUGGCUUAGACAAUAAAUGAAAGCUUAUGUUAAGCUUCUCAACACCUGAAAAUCUAAAACUGGGAUGGCAAACAUAGUGUCCUCCGGCUGUUCUUUGACUACAAUUUUCUGAAGGUGCUCCAAGGAAUCCAGUGAGGCAUUUUGUGAAGUAGGGUGCCUGCUCAAGGGUGCCAUGUGAUCUUCAUUGGUAAGCAAAAAAAUAUUACUAGAUACUGGAAAACCUACUAAGUCUUGACAGACCUCUAACCACUAUUAUUACUAUUACUAUUAUUAUUACACUCAUGUUUCUUAAAUUGGUGAAUUAUACAAACAUUUCAUAAAACUGAAUAAUUUGCAUUCUUUGUUUAGUCUCAGAUAAGAAGAUAAGAAGUGCAUUCCUAUGUGAAACUGAGAUCCUUGAAGUCUGGCCCUUUUCUCUAGGAGCAACUGGCUCAUAAGCACAGUAUAAGGAUGAUAGCUUUCCCCUAUUGCUUGUCCCCAGCAUCUGUACUCAGGAUUAUUCUAUGGUCUCUGUACAGUCCUUCAUAUGGGUUCUGUGCCUGCACAGAGCAGCAUCUGCAACUUUCUAGAGCAGGUUUCCCUAACUUAGUGCCCUCUAGAUGCUUUGGACAGCAAGUCCCAUAAUCCCUGAGCAUUGGUCAAGUCGGCUAGACUGAUGUGAGUUGCAGUAGAAAGCAUCUAGAGGACACUAAUGUGCAGGGGUGUUCUUGCAGAAGGCACUUAAAACAUUUUGGUGGCAGGUCUGCUUCUAGCCCUUAAUAUAUAUCCUCAAGUGGUAUGCCCCUGUCUUCCUACUUGGUUCAUUAUUGACCACUGCAUUGGUCCCAUCUUUGAAAAGUUUUCCCCCCUGUUUUAUUUUAUCUCUAUGCAGUUCUUUUCCUUUCAAAUGUUGCAUUUCAUUUUACCUCAGUCUUCUCUCUAUGCUUUCUUAGCACACCUCAGUGCUGGUUCUCAAAGUACAUAAGCCGAGGCAGCAAACUUUGUCAUUCAGAUAGUCAUAAUUGUUUGCUUCUCUGCUUUGAAAAGGGGCAGGCGUUGGACACUUGACCCAUUGUGUAAAUUUUACAAGACCAGCAUACCAAAAUACAUCCACUGCCUUUGGCUUACUUUGUAAGAGCAAACUCACUCUGCUGGAGUCGCCCAAUCCCACACCCACAAAAACUGGCUAUGCAAUUAAACUCUGCAGUUUUCAUUUCUGUUGAAUUGAGUUCACCUUCAUAGGGCUCUCCAAUAUAAUACAGUUGCAAGCACUGUAACAGUCCCCUUGAGCCUUACUAUCCACUUUGGGACCCAGGCCAUUGACAACUGCUACAUCCCUUAAGUCUGGUCUUACUACUUUCAUAUUAACACUCACUAGUUUCAGUUCCAGACCAUGCCAGGGAGGCAGCUCCUUUGACUGUGAGGCAGUGCACCUACUUAGACUAACUUGACUGCCAUAUUUUCAGAAUGCAAGCAAGGGAAAAAAGUAUCAGGGAAACAGACUAAUGACUUGGGUUCUGCUGGAUUUAUACAUAAUAAAAACCUUUGUUCAUUAUUCUUCUUCUGCUGCCUGGGCUACUGUCCCUCUCAGCCAAUAUGGCUGUCCCUGCAGCAAGUAUUUGCACAUUGGAGCAACAUAUGAGAGAGAGCUUGUCAGCUAGUUUCCAUGCAUGUGGUUUAACUAUUGCUCCCCUUGCUGUACAAUCCCUUUUGGCUCAGAUAAAUGAGAAGGGAUGUAAGGUGGAUGUAAUGGUUUGAAAGUUUUAACCUAAUGCCACAUUCUUACUCUGCAGUGCAUGCCUUUGUUUCUCAGCAUCAACAUUAUCUCUGGGAGAAAUCCUCUCUCUUCUUCAAGCAUCUCCUAGAUGACAGGGGAUGGCUCACACAACCAGCAUUGCCUGGCAAAGCAAGAAAUCUACACCUUUAAUCAUAUGAUGGACUGUGACUCCAGAGCCAUGUAAGGCUCUGUCAUUCUCCAUUUUCGUACUUGGCUUUAGAGGAGGAUUUAAAAACUCUUCUGCAAUGGGGCAGUAGAAACAGAGUUCAGGGUACAAAGGCUUGUACCCUUCAAAGAAUUUUCCCAUUGCCAAGAAAGAUACCUCUAGCAGAUGCAUGACACUUUGGGUUUUCUCUUCCUUCAUAAACCCCCAAAAGUUCUAGAUUGCUGUUUUUUCCAGCCUCCUCCCAUUUCUCAUUAUCAAGUCAGGCUUUAUUUCAACAGACCAAAAAGAUGUCUGCUUUCAUAUCUCAAUUCAACCAAAGCAUUUGUGUUUCCUUCCAGACCAUUGCUUUCAGUUGAGAGUUUUGGUGUUUGGCUCUUAGCCACACAACUCACAGAAUUUUCACAAAAUGCAACACAAUAAUUGCUGCACAUCUUGGUCAACAAGGCAUUUCCAGCAUAGCACCAGCCAUCAGCAUAUACUACAUUCCCAUGUGAGGUCCUCAGAAAUCAAGUUCCACAUGCCAGAGCUUAUAGGUGCUCACUUAUGUUUCAUAGCUAGUUUCACCUCUUUGCCCUCUGGCGAGCUCAGACCCCAUUGCUUUAACUGUCCGUCCCAAAUAACUGUUGGGUGUGCUUAGGCUAGAGAAGAGACAUGGUAACAGGUGACAUGGUAAAACCCUGUUACAUAGAUGAUGCAUUAUCAACAAGUUCAAGGUGCAAGGAAAUUUUGACUAAACAUUUGGAAGAAUUUCCUGAUUUUACAAAUAGUUUUAUUCCCAUAUGCCCAUACAUUUUAGUAGUUCUGCUGUUGUAAACAUAAGCACAUCAGCACAGCUCAUUAUGAUUUAGCUGUGCUACACACAGCUGCUUCUUUUAAAGUCACUUUUCAUUUUAGUAACUUACCAGUGUUGUUGUAUAAUAUUUUGUAUUGGUUUAUUUUCUUUUUAGGCUUACAUUGACCACUUCCUUAAAGCUACAAGGGAUAAACUGUAAAUUCUGAAGAGUAUUUUGUACUUAUGUGAAUCAAAUACUUUAAGGUUGAAUUUGUGUUGUAUAUAUUAUUUUGCAAGAAAUAAAGCAUAUACAUGAAUACAAAUCUCAACAUUUUAAAAUGCUUAUUAGACAUUGUGCCACUUUGAGGCUUUUUUGCUUACAUUCAAUGGGUGCAAAUAUCAAGAGGUUUAUCAGAAUUCUUCAAUAUGUAAAAUAUAGUGGGUAAACUAGAUAGACUGUAAUCUAUAGUGAAAUGAAAUUGUGUUCAGUUUCAACCCAUUUUAUACAUAAGAAAGUAUUUGCCUUGCUGCAUUGGCUAUCAUUGCCUUUUAUAGGAGUGAGUUUUAUAGUUGAACUCUGCACUGUGUGGAUAUGUAAUAUAGCUGCUAGGCAGAGAACAAGACCAGGGGGGG